AUGUCUACUUUACAGUUCCGUACACUUCUCGGAAGAAACUUGAUUGGCACUUUUACGAGCAGAAGGAAGAGGGUAUCGAACUUGCCAUCUUUUGUAUGCAAAAGACCAAAAGUUGAUAGCCCGCAGAAGGCAAAGUAUGGUCUUCCAGAUGAUCUACGGCUUUCAGACGUUGGAUCCCACCUCCCCGGUCCACUAGACUCUUACAGACGAUGCAGGGCUUGCAGCAGCAAUGCUAACAGCAAAAAAUCGAAGAUACAGUGCAUACGAUGCGAGGUAGCCCUAUGUAUUGUUCCAUGUUUUGCCAACUUCCACAAGCCGUAG